AUGAACGCCUCUAGAACUCUUGCCGCAGCUGCAAGAACAAAUGCAAAAUACACAAAAGCUAUACCAAGAUCUUGGUCAAGACAAUCGUCCUUCAAAACUACCACCCCUCUUCACAAGUCGUCGCAAACCUUCUCGAGAUCAUAUCAUGAAUCUGGCUCGCACAAUGCUUCCGCGGCAUCAUUGGCAAAGGCUUCUAACCCCGCAAUGGCAUUCCCUUGUCUAGAUGCCCUGGAAACCAAGUCUGCAACCUUGGAAGCUCGUUCCCUUUCAAGUGGUCCAGAGCCAUCUUAUACUAGCGGAGCAACUCUCAAAUACCACUGCGAUGAACCUUUAUUACUUGAUUGGGGAGGAGUACUGCGAGAAUUCGAUAUUGCUUAUGAAUCAUGGGGUGAAAUGAACGCAGACAAAUCGAACGUCAUUUUACUGCAUACUGGAUUAUCUGCAUCUUCACAUGCACAUUCAACAGAAGCGAAUCCUAAGCCGGGGUGGUGGGAAAAGUUUAUAGGUCCGGAUAAAAGCCUUGAUACGAAUAAAUACCAUAUUAUAUGCACGAACGUUAUUGGAGGAUGUUAUGGUUCAACGGGACCCUCGACAAUUGACCCUGCCGAUGGAAAGCGAUAUGCGACGAGAUUUCCAAUUCUUACCAUGGAAGACAUGGUGCGGGCACAAUUUAGAUUACUUGACGGACUCGGAGUUACAAAACUAUAUGCGAGUGUUGGAUCGAGUAUGGGUGGUAUGCAGUCGUUAGCUGCCGCAGUUCUGUUUCCCGAACGAGUUGGUCGAGUGGCCAGUAUCUCAGGAUGUGCGAGGAGCCAUCCCUAUAGCAUUGCAAUGCGCCAUACUCAGCGGCAAGUGUUGAUGAUGGAUAAGAAUUGGAACCGUGGAUUUUACUAUGACCAUAUUCCUCCUCACGCAGGUAUGAAACUUGCGCGUGAGAUUGCCACCGUAACAUACCGUUCGGGGCCUGAAUGGGAGUUAAGAUUUGGUCGACGAAGAGCUGAUCCAAGCAAGCCACCUGCCUUGUGUCCCGACUUUCUCAUCGAGACAUAUCUCGAUCACGCCGGCGAAAAGUUUUGUUUGGAGUACGAUCCAAAUAGUCUUCUGUAUGUUAGCAAGGCUAUGGAUCUCUUUGACCUUGGUGCGAAAAAUCAACUUGCGACUUCAUCAAGGAGGACAGACCAUUUAGCACGUAUGAAAACUGGAUCUGAAGCUGCAUCUUCUCUUGGAGAUGCAGCAUGCAGCCUUACCCUUCCCGAUAGCCCAUACAAGGAACAACCAGAAGAAAAUGGGUCAACAGAUAUUAAUGCCCCUAUUGAGCCGUCUCCAGGACCUCCUGCGGACUUGGUUUCCGGAAUGAAAGCUAUGAAAGAUCAUCCUACUCUGGUUAUGGGUGUUUCUAGCGAUAUCCUGUUCCCGGCAUGGCAGCAAAGAGAGGUUGCCGAGACGCUAAGAAAAGCGGGAAAUACCAAAGUAAGUCACGUCGAACUUGGGGAAGAUGUCAGCCAGUUUGGACACGAUACAUUCUUAUUGGAUGUGGAGCAUGUCGGUGGACCAUUGAAGGAGUUCUUGGGUUAA